AUGCUUCCGGAGUUACAUAUGAUAUGCUAUUCAAAUUGUCUAAAUAAUAGUGUCUCUAUAGCCGCAUUUCUCUUUACUGCAUCACAAGGACGUAAAGAUCUUAAUCUGCUUCCCCUGAAAACUACAGAAACAAAGUCCAUUGACAAUAUUUUGAAGGGAUGUAAGUUUAUCCCCGAAUCGACAACAACUAAAAAAGUUCUGGAAGAAUUUUUCGCACAACUGGCUCAAUCAAAUCAUAAAGAAGUUGUAUUUCAUUUCAGUGGCCAUGCUCGACCAGAUUGGGUGCCACAAAAUGAGAUUCCUACUAACUACGGGCUCACUGGUUGUUUGGUACUAGAUGUAGCAAAAACCAAUCAUACUCAAAGUAGUUUCAUCACUGCAUCCGAUGAAACUGUUAUUGAUAAUAUUUUAGAGACUGAACAUUCUGUUCCAAUUAACAGCACGGAAGAUAUAGAUGAUACAUUAUUAUUUGCUAGAGAAAUUCGAAAGAUGGAUUUAACCAAAGUACGAUUGGCGAUUCUAAACGCUUGUAAUACAUUCAAAGCUCCCGUAGCUUCAAAAUCGAGUCAUACUGGUCUGACUCGCGCUUUUCUUGCAGCUGGUGCCCAAUGCGUGAUUGCAACUCUAGAUAAAGUGGCAGAUUAUGUUGCUAAUAAAUUUACAGAAUACUUAUACCAAAAUCUUCAUGAGAAAGGUCUAACGAUUGGUGACGCGUUUGCUGACGCGAUCAAUCAAAUACGUACUGACCGAUACACAGGUUUAACAGCUCUCUGGUCACCCUACAUUAUUUAUGGAAACAGUGACGUUCGUUUAAAAUUUCUCAAAAGUGAAGAAUAAAUAUCACCACUACGAACUUCAAAACGUUUAGAGAGAGGGUAUUUAUUCGAUAUACUUUACUUUACUAAUGCACUAAAUAAACUGAAACCAACUUUUCCUAUUAUUUUCUUUCCUUUGCUGAAUCAUGAUAUUGGAACUUUACGGUCGGUAUUAGUAGGUGAAAUUCAUAUAAAAUAUAUAAUCAUAUCUCAUUCUUCAUUUUUUACUUGUUUUAGUUGUGCAUAGGUAUGUGACAGUUCCAUAUCAGCUCAAUGAGCUGGAGCUGUUCGACACAGCUCAUGAUGAUUUGAACUGGAGCUGGUGACCAGCUCAUUUCAUUUGAGCUGGAGCCGAUAACCAGCUCAGUUCAUUUGAGCUGGAGCGGUAUGAUGACUCAUCGAUGAGUCAUAACUACCCUUAAUUAGGCACGAUGACUCAUUGAUGAGUCAUAACUAUCCUUAAUUAGGCACGAUGACUCAUCGAUGAAUCAUCAUCACUAGUUGGAAAGAAUUGGUGAACAGCUCACAUGAGCUGAUCGACCUUAUUGGACAGCUCAAAUGAGCUGGUCGACUUUAUUGACCAGCUCAAAUGAGCUGUGAAUUGUCACAUCCCUAGUUUUGCAAUUAAAUCAGUGAGUUCAGGUUCGGUUUUGCAAGCAAAUACCCAUAAUGAAGUAUCAAUUACCAUAUAUAAUACACUCGAGAGAAAUAGAAUAUUAUUACUAAGGCAAGUGAAGGAUCAGGAGCGGAAAAUUUUAUUCCAUUAACUCGAUCUUUACGAUUUUUCUACAUGAUAGUGUUAUGGGACGCAGUUCAUCAUAUCAUUCACUAGGUUAGCGUGUUGCAUCAAGUCAAAAUCCAUAUUAAUUCCUACGUAGAAACGAGUAACUCAUAGGCAGUUUUACAAACCAACAGUAAAAUCGUUUUUAUUGAACAAAAUUGAUUUUACAUAAAAACAAAACAAUAUUACAUUUCAUUUACUAUCUGCACUUAUAAAAAAAAAGUAAUCUCAUCUUGAAUAACCAGAUAGAAAUAGUUCCUUUUUGAAACAGAAGUGUGUCUCUAAUUCAUGACAAAGUUCUAUCCUUCUAGAUUAAAAGGUGUUCGUAAUUAAAUUAAAAUAUCUUCAUCCUUUUUCUCUUCAGUAAAAUGAGAGAGCAAAAUCGUUCCCAGCUUUGGUACGUCUGAUGCAGUUUUUGCUUCUCCACUCGAAUCAUGCAACUCUGCUAAGGCAGACUGCGUCUGAAGAAGAUACUCUUGCAGGUCAAUAGAAGAUAGUGAAUGAGUGAAUUUCACAUCUAGUACGUUCAGUGCUAGAGUAUUUUUGAUUGCUUCGGUGAUUCGAUUCGGCAGUGAAGAAAAAUGUUGUCAACCACUUGUAAAGUGAUACAUCCCACCUCUUAAGCGAGAGUGUGGGUGUGGGUGUGGGUGUGGGUUUGGGUAUGUGUGGGUGGGGUGUGGGUGACAGAGAAGAAGAUACUCACACGCACACGCACAUGCACACGCACACCCACAUCCACACCCACACCCACACCCACACCCACACCCACACCCACACCCACCCCC